AUGGCUUCAGUGGCUGUGACCUUCAAUGUAGAUUGCUCCUGCACAGACCAUGGUGAGGAAGUCUUUCUCGUCGGCUCUCACAAGAAACUGGGAGCUUGGGACCCCACCGAGGCUCUUCCCUGCACCACGUCUGCCGCGACGUUUCCACGGUGGAUGUCCAAAGCUGCCAAACUGCCAAACGGAAGCAGGAUUGAGUUCAAGGUGGUGAUCCGCGGCCCCCGUGGAAACCGCUGGGAGCACGGGGAGAAUCGACUCCUUCAGGUGGAGCUGCCGCUGGCUGCGGAGGCAAAGAAGAUCGUGAGCCUGACCUGGGGAGAAACCGGCGUCAAGGAUGCCGAAGAUGAAGAUAUUGUCGGAGCUUUGCCGACUGCCGGCGAGUUCUUCCGACGCACCAGCUCGCCCGGUGGUGACGGGCCCUUGUCGAAAAUCAUGGAGCCGGGGACGGCGAUGCAAAAGCGUGGCAGCCGACACCUUUGUCGCAACAACGACGGACAAGUCAACCAGGAGAUGACCAGGACGCCCAGUUUACUAUUGAUCAAUUUCGAGAAGUUCAACGAGGAAGCGGCACGUCACGAGAAGGAGCUCGAUGCCAUCGAAGAACGUGCACAAUUGAACAGGCUCCAGAGGAAGAUGAAGAGCACGCAUCUGAUCGAGCGGAUGGCUAAGAUCACAGAUACUGUGGAUUCCUCUAAGAUGGUCCUUCUGCAAGGCUUCAACUGGGAGAGCUGGCGCUCUGGUGGAGGUGACUGGUACAGUGUCAUUGGAAAAAGGAUUCAGAUGUUGCAUGACAUGGGCUUCACAGAUCUCUGGUUGCCGCCGUGCUCGCAGUCCGUGGCGCCACAGGGCUACCUUCCAUCUCAGCUCUUCAACCUGGAUGGGUCCAAGUACGGUUCCCAAGCAGCACUGGAAACCUUGCUGGAGAAGUGCCACAAGCACGGCAUUCGCUGCCUGGCCGACAUCGUCAUCAACCACAGGUGCGGGGACAAGCAGGACAGCCAGGGCCGAUGGAACCAGUUCUCCAGUGGGAUGACGACCAGGCCGAGCUUCGCAGGCGUCGGUGAUUGGGGUGGCUGGGCCAUCACCCUUGGGGACCAGUACUCCGACGGGAGCGGAAUGCACGCGCCCGACAAGGCUGACGGAAAGUUCGAUGCCGCGCCGGACAUCGACCACCGGAACCCGAAGGUCCAGGACAGCAUCAACAUCUGGCUGAGAUGGCUUCGACUCCAGGUUGGUUUCGAUGGAUGGCGCUUCGACUUCGUCAAAGGCUAUGGUGCUGAGUUCGUUGGCCGCUACUGCUCGAAGAGCCAUCCCGCCUGGGCUGUAGGGGAACUCUGGACGGACAUGCACUACGACCACCAUGGGCUCUGCUAUAACCAAGACAAGCAUCGUCAAGCUUUGGUGGACUGGGUGAAUGCCACGGGCAAAAAGUCGACGGCCUUCGACUUCACGACGAAGGGCAUCCUGCAGGAAGCCUGCAGGCUCACGCAGUUCUGGAGGUUGCGUGACUGCAACGGGAAGCCACCCGGAUUGAUUGGCUGGCUUCCGGGAUAUGCGGUGACUUUCAUCGACAACCACGACACGGGCAGCACCCAACGACACUGGCCCUUUCCUGACGACAAGGUGAUGAUGGGCUAUGCCUACAUCUUGACACAUCCAGGAAUUCCGUCUGUGUUCUGGGACCACAUCAUGGACUGGGGUGACGAGCAUCGCAAGAAAAUUGCAUCAUUGCUCAAGGCCCGACGAGAUUCAGGCAUUCCUGUGGAUGCCCCGGUAAACAUUCAGUGCGCCGACGAUACCUUGUACUUGGCCGAGAUCGGCCAGCCACCAGCGUUGCGAGUAGCACUUGGCCCGCGUCCAGCUGGCCAGCCAGACAUGAACUACUGGUCUCACGGACCGAAUGGCCAUGGCUACCGUGUGUGGGUGAAGAGGACGGCGACACCACAGGUCUACACGUCUCUUGGUCCGACUCCAGAGGCCACACCGCUAGCGUCGCGUGCGAACUCCCCGCGCUCCAAGAAGAGUGAGGAGGGCCUGCGGGUCGGCACGGAAGCGCUGACGGCAGAGACUCUGAAGCUGAUGGAUUCCAGUCAGCUGCGGAAACUUCGUGAUCGUCUCCAGGGCAUGCUUCAAGCCACGGAGACCGCCUUGGAGAUGAAAAGGACGGCGACAAAUGCCGUUGUUUGCUGUGCUGUUCUGGAAGUCACGUCCGCGGCAUGUUUUGUUUUCACGAGCCAUGGUAAGGCGCUAGUCCGUCAUCCCGGUACCGGCGAAAGCUCUGCAACAAGAGGCACCCGAGAAAUGUGCCUGUCCCAGAACCUGGUCAAUCUGACUUGCGCUGCAAACUCUUUUCGGACGAUGCAGCGUAUCAGCGAUGCACAAAGACGACCCACAGAAGCCGAUGUCAUAGUCCCACUCUACCCAUUCCUCUGCUACGUGACCAGUGCUAUGCUUGCUGUUUCGAUUGCCAUCAUGACAACUUCCGCCUGCGUUCUCGCAAAGGAGCCGUAUCACGUUUUGGUGGACGGCACCUUCCUCACCCACGCCCUGCAGCAGCGGAUACAUGUCAAGGAGCAAUUGCCCAAGAUGCUGGAGGGCCGUACAACCCCGAUGACCACAGGCUGCAUUCUCGCAGAGCUGCGGUCUUUGGGAGACCGUGCCCUUGGGGCGGCGGUCAUAGCAAAGGGGUACUACCGCGUGAAGUGUGGGCAUGACGAGCACCCGAUUGGUGCCUCCAAGUGCAUCCUCGAGCAGAUUGGUCGGACCAACGAUAGGAGGUUCUUCGUUGCAACACAAGACCCGGAGCUUCGUCAACAGUUGCGGGGCAUCCCCGGUGUCCCCUUGAUGAGGCUCAAUGGCCCUGUGCCUCAGUUGGAGGAGCCUUCCGACUCCACGCGGCGCCUGGCAAGAGAGGGCGAAGAGAAGAAGCGCGAGCCCUCUGCAUGGGAGAAGCCAAAACUUCCAGAGCUGAAGGCCAAAGAAGUUCUGAGAGAAGCCCUGGCCUCAAAGCCCAGGGCGAAGAGGAAGCAGAAAGGAGUGAACCCACUCGCCUGCAAGAAGUCCAUGAAGACCAAAGCAGGUGCAGUGCCAUCAAUGCCACCGAAGCAAAUCCCCGCGGAGCCAACGGCAAAGCGUGUGCGCUCGCGGCGGAUGGGUAACCGGAGCCGCGCGGAGGUAGAGGCAGUGCUCGCCGCGUCCAAGGCAACGCCAGCUCAAGGGACGGCAGAUGCAGCUGCGAUGAAGAGAAAGCGCGGGCGCCGCUGA